CAAAAAUUGGCUUCGUUUCCAAAGUUCCAAACGCCUGGGUUUUAGCUGCCUGUGUACUAACGUACCACCAGCUGACGUGAGAAACUCAUUUGAAUCUAGGGAUGUGGGUUAGAAGGAUUGGAAUCUGUGACGACCACUCCUUUCUCCACUUAGAGAUCGCGAUGUAUAAGAAGGAGACCGGCGAGGGACUACUGGAUUUUCAUUUUUGGUCUUUUCUUGGCAUGUUUAUUGUACCCAUAUCCUGGUGCGCAUCCAUUCCAUCUAAGUCGGUGGCAGUAUAAGAUUCACGACAAUGGCAGAC